AUGGAUAUACAGGAUUUGCCUGUCACCUGCUGUACGUAUUUGGCUGACUGCCCUGCUGACCUCACCCCCUCUCUCUGCUCAGCUGAGGCCAGGGGAGGGGGUCACAGAAAGCAGGGUUUCUCUGAGAAGAAGUGGCCAAUCACUGGGGAGGAGUGGGGCAGCCCCCUCUACCCUGAAAUGAUCUUGAAUGGGGCCUUCCCCAGUGCAUCCCAGCCUCCCCCAGUGGCAUCCCAGCCUCUCCCACUGCAUCCUAGCCACUCCCAGUCCCAUCCCCAGCCAUCCCCCAAUGCAUCCCAGCCUCUCCCAGUGCAUUCCAAACUUUUCCAGUCCAUCCCAGCCUCUCCCAGUGCAUCUCAGCCUCUCCCAGCGCAUCCCAGCCUUUCCCAGUCCGUCCCAGCCUUCCCUAGUGCAUCUCAGCCUCUCUCAGUGCAUCCCAGCCUCUCCCAGUGCAUCCCAGCCUCUUCCAGUGCAUCCCAGCCUCUAAAAGUACAUCUCAGCCUUCUAAAGUCUAUCGCAGCCUCUCCCAGUGCAUCCCAGCCUCUCCCAGUCCAUCCCAGCAUUACCAAAUGUAUCCCAGCCUCUCCUAGUGCAUCCCAGCCUCCCCCAGUGCUUUCCAGCCUCUCCCAUGCAUCUCAGCCUCUCCAAGUGCAUACCAGCCUCCCUCAGUGUCCAGCCUCUCCCAGUGCAUCCCAGUCUUUCUCAGUGCAUCCCAGCCUCUCCCAGUGUAUCCCAGUCACCCUUAGUCCAUCUCAGUGUAUCCCAGCCACCCUUAGUCCAUCCCAGUGUCUCCCAGUGCAUCCUACCCUCUCCAAGUGCAUCCCACCCUCCUCCAGUGCAUCCCAGUCUCCGCCCCAGUCCAUCCCAGCCUCUCCCAGUGCAUCCCAGCCUCUCCCAGUGCAUCCCAGCCUCUCCCAGUGCAUCCCAGCCUCUCCCAGUCCAUCCCAGCCUCCACACAGUGCAUCACAGUCUCUCCACAUGCAUCCUAGCCUCUUUCAGUGCAUCCCAGCCUCUCCCAUGCAUCCCAGCCUUUCUCAGUGCAUCCCUGCCUCUCUCAGUGUAUCCCAGCCAUCCUUAGUCCAUUCCAGCCUCCUCCAGUGCAUCCCAGUCUCUCUCAGUGCAUCCCAGCCUCUCCCAGCUGCAUCCCCAGCUUCUCCUAGUCCAUCCCAGCCUCUCACAGUGCAUCCCAGCCUGUCCAAAGUACAUCCCAGCUUCCCCCCUGUGCAUCCCAGCCACCCUCCCAGUGCAUCCCAGCCUCUCUCAGUGCAUCACAGCCUCUCUCAGUGCAUCCCAGCCUCUCUUAGUGCAUCACAGCCUCUCUCAGUGCAUCCCAGCCUCUACCAGUGCAUCCCAGCCUUUCCCAGUGCAUUUCAGCCUCUCUCAGUACAUCACAGCUCCUCUCAGUGCAUCCCAGCCUCUCCCAGUGCAUCCCAGCCUUUCCCAUGCCUCGAGGUGCCAGUCAUUUAUGAAGUUUAUGAAAGCAGAAACAGGUCUCCAGAAUAUGAUUUUUGUCCAAGAUCUUCCUUCCAGGUGAAUAAAAUGGCGUCUGACCAGAAGAUCUUGCAAAAAUAA